AUGGAUUUUAAUCCAUUCACUGAGCCUUCAAACUUUGUUGAACUGCUUAGCAGUCAACAAAAUGUUAUCUUUGGUAACGUAUCAGAUAGCGUGUCACAAUCUUCACCGCAAGUUCCCUUCACCGAUGAUUCAAACUUUUGUGAAGACAGUCAAGCAGGGCCGAAGGAAAGAAGGACUUGGACGCCUUCAGACGAUGUGGUGCUCAUCAGCUUGUGGUUAAACACGAGCAAAUAUCCCGUAGUAGGGAAUGAGCAAAGGUCUAAUGCUUUCUGGAAAAGAAUAGCUGACUACUUCUCUGCUAGUCGAAAGCUUGCUGGUACUGACAAAAGAGAGGCUUCUCACUGCAAGAAUCGGUGGCAUAAGAUCAAUGACCUAGUAUGCAAGUUUGCUGGAGCAUAUGAGGCUGCAUCGAGAGAGAGAACCAGUGGGCAAAAUGAGAAUGAUGUUCUCAAAAAGUGGUGUGCCUUGUCUACUGCAAAAAAAAAAAAAGAAGGAAGCUCCAAGAAAAGACAUUGUGAGGAUGGUUCAGACUCCACAAGCUACAAAGCAACCGAAGAAGAUUCUGCUCUUGAUGAUGAAGGAACACGUCGACCCCCGGGAGUUAAGGCCGCAAAGAAAGGCAGCAAAGAAAGGCUGUCUAAGAAGACAGUGGAUGACAGGAAGGAGCUGGCUCAGUUUGAGACAAUGUGGAGCCUCAAGAAGCGGGAUUUAGUGGUGAAAGAAAGGCUGUCCAAGAUGAAGUUACUGGACAUUCUCAUUGCUAAAAAAGACUCUCUUGCGGAUUAUGAAGAAGCUUUGAAGAAGAAACUCAUUCAUGAGUUAAUAGGGGGUGGCGGUGGAGGAGGUAACGGAGGUUCCGGAUACGGGUCAGGUUAUGGAAGCGGUUCUGGAUAUGGGAGUGGUGGUGGUAGAGGCGGAGGAGGGGGCGGUGGAGGGGGAGGAGGAGGCGGUGGUGGUGGUGGUGGUAGCCGUGGAAAUGGAUCAGGCUAUGGAAGCGGAUACGGUGAAGGAUAUGGGAGCGGAUACGGCGGAGGUGAUAAUUACGGGGACUCGCCAUAA